AUGAAUUAGCAAUUCGUUAAGUUUACAAAAUUUUGUAGAAGACAGAGAGCAGAGGCUUAUAACAAAACAAGAAGAUGCAUGGCUAUCUCUCUCACAGUGACUGGAUUUGAAUUAGGAUGUGAUGAAUCUGAUUUCACAAGCAUUUCAUACAUCAUUAGAGAAGCGGAAGCUUCAUUCACCAACUAGAAAUUUGAUCUACUUCGUGAGAGAAGAACAGAUGGAAUCAAUGUAAAGAAGCUGCUAAAGAUUAUGGCAAUGCUAAAUCUGCUAGGUAUUAAAUGACAUUUAAUUUUCAAUAAAAAUUUGAUCAAUAAGUUGUUUUGAUACUAUUGGGCUCGUCAAUAAAACGCUAAGAAUUGUUAGAGAAUAACUUUCCUUAAGGUAAGCUGCGGGUGACAAGAUUUGAUUAAUAUGAAAACCAUAGAUUAAUAUUCAUAAUGAAUUAAUACCCUCAUUCCUUUUCACUAAUCCUAAAAUAAAAGCAUCGAUCACUGAUUCACUAACUUAGAUUGAAAUCAAUAACAGUAGACGCCAGAAGAACACUUGUUCUCUCUCUCUCUGUAAAACUGGGAAAGGGUAAGUAGAGUCUUCUAACCCAUUAAAGUCACUGAAAAGUAGAAACAACCAUUCUGAAUAUUUUGCAACUAUAACUUAAUAUGCCACGAAUUCAUUUACUCAAAGAAACAAGAUAAAUGACGCUGGAGUCGAGUCUACGCUUUGUAUCAGAAAAAAUGAGUUGUUGA